UUCAGCCAUUUUACUACAGUUGUUAAUUGAGAAACACCGUAGCUAAACCAAAAUAUGUCAGGACGUGGUAAAGGAGGUAAAGUGAAGGGAAAGAGCAAGACCCGGUCGUCUCGUGCCGGACUUCAGUUUCCAGUCGGCAGGAUCCAUCGUCUACUCCGCAAGGGUAACUACGCCCAGCGUGUUGGUGCCGGUGCCCCAGUCUACCUGGCUGCCGUGAUGGAGUACUUGGCCGCAGAAGUGUUGGAAUUGGCAGGUAAUGCUGCCAGGGACAACAAGAAGUCUCGAAUCAUCCCCCGUCACUUGCAGUUGGCUAUCCGCAACGACGAGGAAUUAAAUAAACUCCUGUCUGGAGUGACCAUUGCCCAGGGAGGUGUCUUGCCCAACAUCCAGGCCGUCCUUCUACCAAAGAAGACACAGAAGGCUGCCAAGUAAAAAAAAAAAAGAAAUGGAGAAAAAGAAACGAGUCGUGGCACCAAUCUUGCUGUUAAAGCAUCAAUCAAUCCAACGGCCCUUCUAAGGGCCACCCAUGUCUUCAUGAAAGUUUUGUCAUGGUCCCUAUCGUCAUUUUGCGAUAUACUUUUUUUCACUUAUAUUUCAUGCCUUUUAAAUUCACUUGACUCUCUUCAGUAUUUUCACUUAAAAGAACUUUUUUUCCCUCGAAGACUUAAGACCAAUAACUUUUUCUAGGGUCAAGACCUCCCUCAUCUUUCUUCAGAAGAGGAUAAUAGGGGAACAAAUGUGAUACUAACAUUCUGAACUUUUUUGACUUUGAUUCUGUAUAUUACAGAAAAGAGCUUAUUCAGCUUGGAAUCGUAAAAAGAUGUUUUCCGAAAACAGAUCAGUGCUAAAUGUUUUUUUCGUCUUUUUUUUUUUUUUUGUGCUGUGUGACCCUCUUACAGAUAUAAUAAUUCCACCUCCAUAGAACCAAUAUAAACACCAUUCAUUCUAUACACAACAAUCUCUCCUCUUUAUUACUACACGUGAUUUUUGUCUUAAUUGUAAACAAAUAUUAUAAAUGUAAACAUUCUCACCUCCACUCUCUUCCCAGCAUCGGACCAAGUAUCUUCAUUGAUCACACAGGAACUUAACACGGAAUAUUUUAUAUAAUGUACGUUUUACAAAAAUAUAUAUUUCAUACAUUCUUCUAGGUUCGAUAUUUGGCUCAAUUCAAGCUCGAGUUUACAAUCUAAGAAGACAUCCCUAUGGCUUUGUACCAAUGUUCUGUCCAUUUUUAUUAAUAGACAUGCAUUUUUGCAAUUGCCAAUAUUCUCUGCCCAUUUAAUUCUGUAAGAGUUUCAACGUAACGAUUUUUUUAGUUUUUCGGCAAAUAAAGUUUUUGUUAUGGUCA